AUGGAUAUCGUUGCUUUACAAGAAACCCAUGUCUGCGCUGAUAGCUUUGAACGCUUUAAAAUUUACUUCGGAGAGUUUGAGCAGAAAUGGAUACCAGCUACGAGACAAAGUAAUUACGGAAGAGGUAUAGGAGGAUAUUUUCUGGGAAUCAAAAAGGAUUUGCGGAUAAAGGGUUUCAAUAGUACAUUCCAAACUAUAGAGAAUAUGUGUGUUAUUUGCAUAAAAACUCAAAACACGGCAUUCACUAUUAUACCUAUCUAUAUGAGAUCAGCAAUGUGGGAAGAAACAUACGAAAUCGUAAAAAAUGUAACCCGGCACAGUGAAGUUGUAAAUCCAAUAGUCAUUGGAGAUCUUAACGUCAGAAUUGGGAACAUGCAGAUACUCCUAGAUGAGGUAUAUAAAGAAGAAUUUUCGGCAGGUUUUGAGAAAAGAAAGUCCAAGGAUAUUAUUAUAAAUAACAGAGGAAGACAGUUUUUGGACCUGUGCUAUGACUCUGGAUUGUUUGUUAUCAACGGUAUGACGGCGGGUGAUGAAAAUGGAGAGUUUACGUUUGUUAGUGGCGUUGGCGAAUCAGUUAACGAUAUAUGUGCCGUCAGUCAAGAUCUUUUGAAAUUUGUAGAAAAAUUUAAUGUAGAUGAUAAAAUGUGGUCAGACCACUUUCCAAUAAUUCUGACUCUGAAAAUGCUUACAAAAGAGAACAAAUCAAAACUUUUACCUAAAUUGCAUUGGAACCCCAAAGGUUUAGCAAAAUACCAAUCCAAAGUAUCAUCAGUUUUACAAGAUAGAAAACAAACAACAAUAUCGUUUACCUGCGGAGACAUAGUAAAGAUAAUAAAAGAGGCUCACUAUGAUGCCACACUCAAGAAAUACAGGGCCAACAGUAGCGAGGAAAAUAGACUGGAGUAUCGGGAUCAAAGGCAAAAAUAUAAGGAAAUCUGUCAAAAAGCUAAAGACUCUUACUAUAAAAUCAUAGAAAGCAACCUAGAAAGAGUGCAAAAUAAAGAUCUACAAACGCACUUCAAAAAUCUAUUAAAUCCUCACCAAGAGCAAUCAGACAUCCAAUAUGCACACAAUUUGCAAUUUUAUCACGAGCUGGACACGCCAAUAACACUGUCGGAAGUCAAAAAAGUUUUGAGUAAAACAAAAGACCAUAAGGCUCCUGGCGAGGAUAGAGUGCCAUACGAAUUUUUUAAAAAUGCACCAAAUGAUCUAUUGGCAGAAAUUGUGAAUACGUUCAAUACCUUGUACGACUCCGGUUGUGUUGAUGAAUCAUUACUCAGGACUAUCAUUUAUCCAAUUUUCAAAAAGGGGGAUAGAACCUUGUCGUGCAACUAUAGAGGUAUUGCAUUUAUGAAUUGUAUUGCAAAAAUAAUGAUGGGCAUACUUAAUGAAAGACUGUCACUAUGGUCGGAGAAACAUAAGAUACUAAAUGAGUAUCAAGCAGGUUUUCGUAAAAAUUAUAGCACGUCUGACAAUAUUUAUAACCUAUCCUCAAUCGUACAUUUGAAUUUCAGCCAAAAAAAGAAAACGUAUGCUUUUUUCGUUGACUUUAAGGCGGCGUUCGAUAACAUUUCAAGGAAAGCGCUCAUAUUCAAACUGCAAUCGAUAGGCAUGUCAACGAAAGCUGUAAGAUUUAUCGAAAACGUUUAUAAAGACACAACAUCAGCAGUGUGGACCGGAAAUGAAUUGUCGGAAUACUUCAAUACUACGUCAGGUGUCAAACAAGGAUGCCUACUCUCACCGCUAUUAUUUGCUCUGUACCUAAAUGACCUGCAUGACACUCUAGAAGGCGGAGUUAACCUAAAUGGAUUAAAUGUAAGAUUACUUCUAUAUGCCGAUGACAUCGUAAUACUAGCCGAUGAACCAAAUGUGCUACAACAAAUGAUCUACAACUUGGAAGAGUAUUGUAAACUAUGGACAGUCGAAGUAAAUUUAAAUAAAUCAAAAAUUAUGGUAUUUAGAAAAGGUGGGAGAAUAGCCAGAAAUGAAAACUGGACAUUUAAAUCGAAUCCUGUGACGAUAACAUCGGAAUAUUGUUAUCUAGGAGUAACAUUAACACCAUCCAUGAGCUUUAGCAAGCAUGUUGAAAAAAGGAAUCAAGCAGCAAAAACUAGUAUAAAUAGCACAUGGAACGACUUUCUAAAAAAACAGGAUGUACCACUUCAAUCUAAGUGGAAACUCUUUCUAGCCGUUAGCAGAUCAAUACAAUCAUACGCUGCGCAAGUAUGGGGUUACAAACACUUUGAGGAAGUUGACAAGCUGCAGACAUAUUUCAUCAAGAGAAUGCUUAAUCUCCCAGAUUGCAUACCAACAUACGCCAUAAUGCUAGAAACUUCCAUCGAAAAUGGACAUAUAUUUACACUAGAUUUAAACAUAAGAUAUGUGUUUAAAACUCUAUUUGAGUACGACGAAUCUCGUCUACCAUUUCUUCUUUCAAAGAAAAUACUGCAGAACAAAUUAUCCUGGGUAAAACGCCUAAAUGAAAUGGGAGCGGAACAUGAUAUUGAGUGGUCAAUAAACAAUCUGAACAAAACAACUUGGAAAGAAAACGGAACUAAACUGCUACAAGCACUAAGA